GCGGAGGGAGGCGAGCGAGCGCGGGCGGAUCCCCUGGGGCAGGCGAGGGCGGUGGCCGCCAGGAGGAGCCCGGGAAGGGCAGGGAAGGGACAGCGCGCGAGUGACGUUUCCUAGACUUUUCCAGCUUCUUGCAAAUACAAACUGUUACUCAGAGAUUGAUGAAGAGAUGGAAAACCUUGCUCUUUUCCAGCCACAGUCCACAGACUUCGGGACAGUGAUCUAGCAUUAGUGGUUUGUGGUAAGCAGAGAAGUGAUGGCUGCUUUUAAGUUGGAUUUCCUCCCAGAAAUGAUGGUGGAUCAUUGCUCCUUGAAUGCCAGCCCGAUACUGAAGGAGCAAAGAAUAUAAACACUACCCUUCUCAUUCAGACACUUACUUCUAGAGCAGCUCCUUCCAGAAAAAUAAUAUCUUUAGGAAUGGUCUAAGAUGGAUGAAGCACCAAACAGCCAUACUUGAAGCUCAAAGAAAAUGAAUGGCACAUUGGAUCAUCCUGACCAACCAGACCUAGAUGCUAUCAAGAUGUUUGUGGGCCAAGUCCCACGGAGUUGGUCUGAAAAAGACUUGCGAGAUCUAUUUGAACAGUAUGGUGCUGUCUAUGAAAUUAAUGUCCUGCGAGACAGAAGCCAAAACCCACCUCAGAGCAAAGGGUGCUGUUUUGUUACAUUUUAUACCCGUAAAGCUGCACUAGAAGCACAGAAUGCUCUUCAUAACAUGAAGAUCCUCCCAGGGAUGCACCAUCCCAUUCAAAUGAAGCCAGCUGACAGUGAAAAGAAUAAUGCGGUGGAAGAUAGGAAACUAUUCAUUGGGAUGAUCUCAAAGAAGUGCAAUGAAAAUGAUAUCAGAGUGAUGUUUUCCUCUUUUGGCCAAAUUGAAGAAUGCAGAAUUCUACGGGGUCCUGAUGGCUUAAGCCGAGGUUGUGCUUUUGUGACUUUUACCACAAGAGCAAUGGCACAAACAGCAAUCAAAGCAAUGCAUCAAGCACAGACCAUGGAGGGAUGCUCUUCUCCCAUCGUAGUGAAAUUUGCAGAUACUCAGAAAGAUAAAGAACAGAAACGAAUCGCACAACAACUCCAGCAACAGAUGCAACAGAUUAGUGCUGCCUCUGUUUGGGGAAAUUUGGCUGGACUAAACACACUUGGACCCCAGUACUUGGCACUUUAUUUACAGCUCCUUCAGCAGACAGCAGCUGCUUCUUCUGGGAAUUUGAACACACUGGGCAACCUUCAUCCAAUGGGAGGGUUGAAUGCAAUGCAGUUGCAGAAUCUAGCUGCAUUAGCAGCUGCAGCUAGCGCAGCUCAGAAUACCCCAAGUGGAACAACUGCACUCAACUCUUCCAAUAGUCCAUUAAGUGUUCUCACCAGUUCAGCAGGUUCAUCACCCAGUUCCAGUAGCAGUUCCUCAGUAAACCCAAUGGCUUCUCUUGGAGCGCUGCAAACACUGGCAGGGGCUACUGCAGGCCUGAAUGUUGGCUCUUUAGCAGGAAUGGCAGCCUUAAAUGGAGGGCUAGGCAGCGGUGGCCUUUCAAACGGCACAGGGAGCACAAUGGAGGCCCUAACUCAGGCAUACUCUGGGAUUCAGCAAUAUGCUGCUGCUGCAUUGCCCACACUUUACAAUCAGAGUCUUUUAACACAGCAGAGUAUUGGUGCAGCAGGAAGUCAGAAGGAAGGUCCAGAAGGAGCCAAUCUGUUCAUCUACCAUCUUCCCCAGGAAUUUGGGGACCAAGACCUGCUACAGAUGUUCAUGCCUUUUGGGAACGUUGUCUCUGCCAAGGUUUUCAUUGACAAGCAGACCAAUCUAAGCAAAUGUUUUGGUUUUGUAAGUUAUGACAAUCCAGUCUCUGCACAAGCUGCCAUCCAGUCAAUGAAUGGAUUUCAAAUUGGCAUGAAGCGACUGAAAGUUCAGCUCAAGCGCUCUAAGAAUGACAGCAAGCCAUAUUGAGUGCCCCUCCCCCUGGAACUGGAGUGAGAAGGAUCUUCUGGUAAGUUGGGGAGGAGCCCACUUAGGGAUUCAAAAACUCUUUAAGGCUGUAUUUUUACAGUCACAGAAGCUGAUUGAUACCAUUCUGUCUGGCACAUCUUCUCCUGAAGACUCAGCUGCAGCCUCUACUGGGAAUUCUGCGGAUGGAGGACAACUUUGUGCUUUUGUUUCCAGUGUUUUACUUUGGAGCUUAGGUGCCAUAUCACUAUUUUUUUUUAAAAAAAAAAGUUUGCUGUGUUUGUAACUGUGUUUUUGAGAAGGACCAAUGCCAGCCACCUUGGAGAGCAAAGGAAAAUAGUAAGUGCAAUUGGAAAUGACACUGCAUGACUUAGAUAUGAGGAGACCCCAAUGAUACUCAUGAAAGGGUGAAGCAGGAAGCUGAAUCCAAAUCAUAUGGUGGUUGGUUAAUGAACAACCCCUAAGGAACUUUGCCAAGCUAUUUGCUAGAUUUAUUUAGUAAAUGCCUUAUGUGAGAACUGUAUACAGAAUCAGUCAGUUGGAGGAUAAUAGUUGGGCAAAAAUAUUCACGUGGUAAAGGAAAAAUGCAGUAAUUAUAAUGCUAAAAUACGUUUGUAUAGUGCAAUGUGUGUGGUUGCAGCUUAUAAAAGUAUCCAGUGAUGUUUUCUGAUCAGCUGUUUACACUUUGGACAGAACAAUCUUUUUUAAAAUUGGAUAAUAUGAAUUAGUGUUUCAAUUUCUUGGAAACUACACUUGAAGUUAGUUGGUUUAAUGCAGCUAUCUACACUUCAGGCUGUAAUCCAGGAAUUCCUGGAUUUAAUUUACAAUCUUAUUACUACAAAUCCAAUGUUUCAUGAUAAAAUUUGUUCUUCCCCGUUCUAGAAAUUGUACAUGAAGGUGUAACUAGAAAUGGUGCUCAUAAAGUACAAGUUAAAACCUCCUUAGUGUUAAACUGACAGUUGGUUUUAAAAUGAGCUCUUAUUGCUCUGAUUUCUGACAUUCUUUUUUUUUUUUCAACUUGUGUGAGCGUGUGUCAGAAUAAUACUGGCCCAAAGAUUUUUUCUUGUUGCUUAUAUAGAUUUAUUUUUCACAAAUAUUGUCAGCUUAUUACAUAGCAGUUUUCCUUUGAGUGUGUGCCAGUACAAAGGAAUAAAUUCAAAGGUCUGAAUUUGUGCAGGAUUUGGAUCUGGUCUAUAUACUGCCUGAGCCUAGUGCCUAAUAAUUCAAAGUCAGAUUUCUUUCCCUUCUAAUACACAUCCUUUUUUUCACGUGGGUGUAUGCCAAAAGCAUUAAAUUUUUAUACACACUGUAAGUCUGAGUCCAAAGGGAAUUUUUAACAGUAUGAGUUGAGCCAUGGCAAGAAAUUAUGUAAAAUCUAGUCUUGAGGCUACAAAAAGCUACUCCUAUUGUUAGGAAAGUUUACAGUGUUAUAUAUAGAUUCAGUGUAUUGCUACAUUGGAUGGAAAAAAUCUCCAAUGAAGAUUCAAAAGCUCAUCAAAUUUGAAAUGCCAUUGUAUAAGAUAAAAAUCUCCAAUGAAGAUUCAAAAGCUCAUCAAAUUUGGAAUGCCAUUGUAUAAGAUAAAACUCAGUGGGAAAACCAGAUGUUUACUAGGGACUGGGUCCCCUUGUUUACUAAAACUGAGGCAUUAUAAUUUGUGUAAGGCUACCCAUCUGUGAUUCAAGUUGUUUUUCUGAUGAAUUUGGAAUCUCACUGCAGAUUUAUAACUUGAUGAAUGGCAUAGUAAAAAUUUAAACAGCGUUUAUUUAAAAAAAGCAUAUACUGUACAGUGGUGAUAAAAAGGUGGAAUGGUCAGAUUGCCAAAUUUUCCAUUUGUGCUGGCAUGUGGUAUCCUUCAGUGUUGAAUAUUUGGGGUCUAAUUUAGAAGCAUAUGCAUACACUUAGAUAACUGUAUACCAUUUGAUUGUUUGUGCACUAGGAGAAAUUUUAUCCUGAUAUUAUUAGGAUGAGGGAGUGUUGGAGUGCUAAGGGUCCCAGAAUUGUCAAGGGAUUUUUUAAAAUAAAAAUAUACUUUCAGGAAAAAAAAAAGAGGUCAUGGUUGGGAGCAGUUGCUCCAGUUGCAACCUGAUAUAACCAAGAAUGUUGUUUCUAUUUUUAUAGAAGUUUUAUACUGCUCCAGGGUGGAGAAUAUUUAUUAUCUAAAUUAUUUCACUGGAUAAGACCAGGGUUUUGCAUAAUCCUGAAUGUGAUUGUGUAAUGCAUACAUAAACAAUGUGCAUGAUUGAAACUACUGACUUUCAGUGGCCUGUGUGUAACGGGGCAAACUGCUAAAUAGGAUAAGAAUUAAUGCUGUGAACCAGUGGAGGAGGAAAGCUGUGCUCAAUUUUUGCUAUAGUCACUCCUCCCAGUACCACUACUCUUCUCAGUCACUAUUACUAGCUUUUCUAAAUACUUUGUUGCUAUUUAUUCAAUGUCCAUAUACUUUGUAACUUUUCUGUAUGUUUCCAUUAUGACCGCUAUGGGGCAACUUUCCUCCUGUUGAACUAGCAACACAAUAUUUGUGUUAUGCUUAUCCUAUAAUACAGUAUUUCCUUUCAUAGGUAUGAUCAGCGCAAGUGCCCUAAUUCCACUGUCAGAGUUACCAAAGUUUAAAAUGCAGGUUAAAUUCUAAAAAUGGGAUCUUUGGAAUAGAUUGGCAGAAUUCCUGUGCCUUCAGUGGUGCCAUUCUGAACUUUAAGAUAGUAUGCUUCAACCAAAAUACUUGUUUCUUCUCAAUUUCCCGUGACCUGGCCACAAAUGCUUUUCAAAACAAAUAAUGAAGAUUUGUUUCCCAGGGAGAGUCCCACUUGGCAAGAAAAUGAAUCUGGUUUAUACAAGGAUACAUAUAGAUGCCCCUCUGAGGUUUUGCUUCCACAUAUCAUGCUAUUUUCUGGACAGAUUGUUACUCUGCCUUCACCCUCCGCCCAAUUUUUGGUAGAAAAUCAGUGAAGCCAAUCAAAUUGGAACCUAAUCAUUUAGUUACUUGAUAUCAUAAUUGCUUAUACAUACAUUCUCAGAUUAAAAUAGUGAGUUUGGUAAUACAUAUGCAGAACACUGAAAUUGAUAAAGAACUCCCAAGUUAUACUGAAAAUUAUAUUGACCAGAGUUGGCAUUCAUGAACCAAAUUGUGCAACAACAAGAGCCUGAGUUAGUUAUUGGGAGGGAGGGUGGAUAACUUUAAAAUAAAUAGUCAUCAUGGUUUUGCAAGUAGCUUUUUAACUACGUAUUUUGUUAAUUCAUGUGAAUGGAUGGAUUCUGGGAAAGAGAAAAAUGUUCUAUUCAAGUUUUUGGGUAUGUAUUUUAUGAUAAAAAUAAAGACUCUCAUAUUUUAUUUCAGCAAACUAACUUUCAUAAUCUCAUACACACACACCCAAAGGUAGGAUUCCUGCAAGUGUAAUCUUUGCUGUUUCCUUAAUUCAAACAUAUUUGGGCAAAAGACACUGCUUCUUAAAGGAGAAGGUUGAGAAGUAGGGAGGGGUGCCCAAGUCAGAUCUUUGGCAUCUUUGAACCUGAACAUUGCACACCUAUAGUUAAGAUUAGAGAUUUUUCUGCCAGUGGGAGUCUUCUUGGGUUCACUAAGGAUACUUCAGGGAAGUGGCUUUACUAAUGUACUUCUCUUAGUGUUACUAUCAAAUUCUUCCAGUGAAUUCCCCAGUCCUAGGAUAUUCAGGGGUAUAGUGAAUUAUAAUGAGAAGGAAAGUUAACAAGGAUUACCCCUCCCUUGUUUCAGCUGAAGAAGCGUUGCCCUAGAUCCAAAACAUCAACUAACGGAAGGAUGGUUUGUUUCACUCAUUUUGAUUCCAAGCCAGUGUUGUUAAACUAAGUAAGUUUAAAAUUAAAUAACAUAGUGUAGCUUGACAUUUGUUUAAAAAAAAGUAAAUUAUAUUCACACAAAUGUAUUCUUCAUUCGUAUUACUCAGCUGAAAUAGAUCUCUGUAUUUAAAUCAAAAUAUUGUAACAUGCAUUUAUUAUAAUUAGGAUGGAAGUGAGGGCAAAUCUAAGAACAAUACUUUUUCCAAUAAUCGUAUGCUGCUUCAGACAAUUUCUUAUGAACACUAUGUUAAGAGAAUGCUUUAAUGUGUUUGUCCUUGAUAUUUAGGCCUCUUGUGUUGUGAUCCUGUUAGAGAUUCUGUCACUUUGAAAAUCUCUUUACCAGUCUCUGCAGAUAAAAAUCCUUCCUUUCAAAACUGGCAGAGGUGACUAUAGAACUUUUGAGAGUCCAGAGUUCCUCCUCACAGAAUCAAAAGAGCAAGAUUUAUGUAUUGAAAAGAGUUGCAAAAUGAGGGUGGUGGGUUUUUUUUUUUUUUUUGCAAGUAUCAUAGUAAAAAGGGCUCAACUGCAGCAAGUCUUAACUUGCAAUCAAGUCUUAAUUCUUUCUGUGAGGGCAUCAGUUUUACUCACAUUGUAAAAACGUGUUUAAUGUCAUUUACUGCCAGAAUCUACAUACAUGUGCAUACAUACGCAUACAUAUGAGUUCCAAUUGCCUAAGUAUGCCCCAUAGUAAGAAGAAGAAAGUGUUAAACUCUCAGUGCCCAGUUGCCCAGUGAUCUCUGCUUUGUCCUCCCACCUGUCAUGUGAACUGUCCUACAAUUGCAUUUUGUGAAGUCAGGUUCUCGUGGAAGAGGGGGCUGCUACCUUCCUCAUGAAAAGGUAACAGGAACACUGACUUAGAGCUGUGUUGAAUGCACAGCUGUAUGCCGCUAAGUCAGACUCCAUUCUGUAGCCAGAGUCUAAAGGGAAUCCCAGGCCUCUGUUCCAUUUAAUUUCUGACAGUUUUUACAUUUAUUUGGUGUCUUAUGCACUUCAACUUUUACUUGUUCAUUGUUGGCAUGUGCUGCCCUUCCUCGUCAGCUCCCCUCCCCAAGAGGUCUCAUUGUACAGUGCCCAUUCCUGUUUCACUCUCUUCUCUCUUUCUCUCUCUGUUUGGAUGUACUGUUCUGUGUAACUCAGUAGGUCUCCUUCUUUCUGGUUUGUUUUUUUCUAGAUUCCUGCCGUUUGUUCAUCGUUGUGCCUAAAGCAUGUCGAUGUGGCGUUCAAGUACAUCGUCCAAAUCCUUGUCUCUUCAGCUUCUCUGAUGCUUGAACUCUCACCCUUUGACCUUGUGUUGACUUUUGAUGCUGAUGUGUAUUUUAUUAUGUUUGUUUCUUCUUUUUUUUCCUUCUUUUUUUUUGUGCUGCCAAAUUGGUUUUGCUAGAAAGACUGCUGAUGGGGAAUAUUUAAACUUGCAUUUGAAUAUAAAAGAAUUCUAUUUUUCUAGAACUUCAUAAGAUAACCACUUGAUUUUGUGAUUCUGAUUCUUUGUAAUUGUCUUCAGAGCAGCCUUGCUAGCAUACCUCGUGGAGUAUUUGUAUUUCUGUGAACAUACAGCCAAUCACUUUCUAGGCUUAGUUUUUUCUGUGUGCUUAGUUUCAACAAAAACCUUUGAAGGAAAAAGUAAAAGGAUGCAACUCAAAGCUUUCAGGAGGCUUCUGGUCACAUUUUGCUGAACCUACUUGCCAUGCUUGAGAAGAGAGCAUGCGUUCUUUGACUUGAGUAGCUUCAGCAGAAAACACUUGAACUACACUUUUUCCUGAUUGUAGCUGCAUUUUUGCCCUGGCACUUAACCGCUUUUUCCUUCCUGUGUGAUUAUCAGCCUUUGUCUGCAGUGAGAAUUUAAUCAAAGUUGGUGUUGUAUUUUGUUAAACCUUUGCAUGCUUAGUUUUUUGUAACUACAAUCUCCUCAACAAAAUGUGAGUUUUUCUUUUUGUUUUGUUUUUUUUUCUUUUAAAAUUUCAAAUAAUGCCCCUGUAAAUGUUUUGCAUGUUUCCUGCUGUGUUCUUCACAAUCCUGUAUAUAUACACCCUUCACCUCUGUUUUCUAUAGUUGGUGCAAAAACUGAGCAAUUUAUUAGGUUUCAAAGCUGUCCUUUUUUUGGGAUGCCAGACUUGUGAUCAUAUGUCAUGGAAGGACAUCUCCUGUGCAUUUAGACUGCUUUACACAGUAUCUGCACCUUGCUCUAUUAUCACAGCUAUGGAAAGGUCUCAGGGGCUUGAUUGCACUGUUCAGAUGGUCAUGGUGGCAGCGGCAGGGAUACAAGUUUAACAGAAAGAUGUGGGAUGUUUGCGUAAUACUGCUUCUGAAAUCCUUUGGAGCUCAGGCUCCUUUGGGUUAGCCUUAAUUUGUACCUCUUGUUUAAUAUGCGACUUGCUUUGUGAAAUUUUAACACCACUAACUCUCAGUGAAUGGAAGCUUGAUUGCUCUCCAGUUCUUACACUUGAAAUAGCAUGUCGUAUAUAUCCCAUAGAAGGAAUCUGUAAGCCUAGGCACAAAACUGCUGGCUCUUUCUCCAAGUGACAAGCACAAUAUAACAGCACGUUGGCUGUUACCUGAACAGGGUACCAACCCCGGCUCCUUUUCUCAGGGGCCUUAGCUGGGGGAAUCUCCUCUGUGGAGAAUUUUUUUAAAAAAAAAAAGUUUUGUUCUUUAAUUGGGUUAGGAGACGUGCAGUUUUCUUUCUUCUUUCUUUCUUUCUUUUUUUUUUUCUGGCCUGAUGAAGAAAAACAGGACAGAUUAUCCUUCUCUGGGAAACAUGCUUCAGCUUUGCUGCACAUAUGAUCUGCUUUAGAAGCUGAGAUAUAGUCCAGGACUUCACAGCACCUUGCAAAAAGUCCUGUGGUAGGUGCCUAAGCACAAGAGGCAACGGGGUGGAGGAGAAGCUAUGAAGGAAUUUUAACAGGAGGAAGGAAUGUGAAACAAAACAUUUGGAGAGUGGAAACAUCUAAGAGAUCUAUCUAGGCCUUAGGAAGCUUUCACUCUGUUGUUGGCAAACACCAGCUGCCAACUCUCUUGCUGGAUGGGUCAUCUCUCUCCGUACUUGCUUUUCUCUCAACCUUGUGAUCAGCAUCUCUAAGGAUGAGAGUGACUUGAAAGGGGAUAUCAUUGUGUUAUUUGGGGUACAGCUGUGAGAUGAUUGACCUUGGGCUCACAGUCACAAUGCACAGGGGUGUCUGAUGGCGGGGAAGUCAAGGCCUUGCAGUGUAUUAAUUAAUUUUGCCAAUACAUUUCUUUAUAAUGUGCAUACUGUUUCAUGAGAAACUCUGGAGAAUCCUGUGGUAAAAAAAAAUCUCCGGAGAAAACCAAAAUGCCAAACAUUAGAUGUUCCUUUCCUUUCUUUCCUUUGAUUGUUUUAAUAAUUCUGUGGUGGUUUUAAUGGAAUUGAGACAGUAAAGCAGCAGCUGCCUUUUAUUUCUAGCUGCUUUUUGUGAAUAAUUAAAAAAAAGAAAAUUUACAUUUUGGAAAAAAAAACCUGUGGGCUUUUUUAUUGGUACAAACAUUGUAUUUAACACUAGGGGUUUUGUACAGUUUUUUGCCUUUUCUACUAGAAAACAAUGUAAAGUGAUUCACAAAUGUGACAAGAAAACAAAUUGCCACUAUGACCAAAUGUAGAAUCUGUUCUGCAGUUUAACAGGAUUUAAUCAACUCAAAGUCGUGAUUCUGUUGUAGCAAUGCUUUUCUUUACCCUGUUUGAACUGUUCCUUUUUCUUGUUUGAUUUGCAAAACAAAAUGUCUUUUUUGUGUGAAAUUGUGUUGUACUCUGUAGAAAAUUAUGGAUUUUACUUUAGUGGUUAAAAAAGAAGCACAUGUUGCUUUUCUGAUCACGGAGUUUGUGUAGUGGAUUUAAAAAUGAAAGUUUUGUUACAAGUUUGGAACGAGCGAGUAUGUAUUAAGGAAUUUUCUUCCUUUUGUGUGUGGUUUCUUUUUGUCCCACUGGG